GCCGACUGUGCUUUCCAGUGAAGCGCCGUUGGUCUCUCAGCGCCGAAGGCAGUUAUCCCCGUCGUAGUCGCCGCUCUCGCCGACGCGCCGCCGCGCCGCCGCCUCGCCCCUCUCGCCGCCUCGCCGUCUCACAGAGAGAGAGAGAGGUUUCUUCUUCUUCUUUAAUCCGUCCACUCUGCACAUUGUCACGGAAUUGAAGGCGGCUCAAUCCCCUAGGGCUUCUCGCAUCGGUACCUGGGUGCUUCCAUUCUUGGCUCGUCGCGUGAUUAUCUUGGGCUCUGAUCUGGUCACUAAAAUCGGGCACGACUUGCCGACGAGCCAAGGCAAAGACAUAUUCUCAGAUUUGUCCCAAAGGUGUCUUUUCUGAUUCUUCCAACAGCCUGGGUUUUGGAACAUUGUGUAGUCUAGGGAGAGAAACCAUGGGCUUUGGAACCCUAAGGGCCAUCAUCCGACCUAUUUCAAGAACCCUACUAUCAGCCCAUACUGCCCCCCCUUCCACUUGCAGCAGGCCUCCGAUUGUUGCUUACCGGUCUCCUGCCCUUUCCUUUGGUUCACUCCACCACAAUGUUCCAUGGAUCUUGGCGUCGAGGGCUUUGCACAGCUUAACAGAUACUCGGUUCCCAAAGAGACGUCCCAGUGACAAACCUCGCAGGAAAAGGGCUAGUUUGAGACCCCCUGGGCCUUAUGCUUGGGUUAAAUAUGUGCCUGGUGAACCAAUACUUCCAAACCAACCCAAUGAGGGAAGUGUAAAACGGAGGAAGGAGAAAAAGCGAAUGAGACAACGGAGGGCAUUUAUAUUGGCAGAGGCUAAGAAGAGGAAAGCCCAACUACAAGAAGCAAAUAGGAAGAAGAAUAUUAAAAGAAUAGAGCGUAAGAUGGCAGCAGUGGCAAGGGAAAGAGCAUGGGCCGAGAGACUGGCGGAGUUGCAGCGGCUGGAAGAAGAGAAGAAAAAUGCCAUGGUUUGAUUGACUUGAUUUCUUCAAUCUGCACCAGCUGGUGAUGCUGCUUCCACCUUUUUCCCCUUUGUAACUGGAUCACCGAAUUUUCACUUUUUUAAAAAAAAAAAUUUAUUUUGUUUAGGGAUUAAUACAUCCUUGUUUUCUCCUUUAAAUAAUAUGUCGAAAUUUCUGGUAGGCAGAGCCAUGCGAUUUUUACUUCAAUUGAAUACUAUUUAUAUGUUUAAUUGAGUAAUUUGGCGAAUAAUAAGAUCAAAUACUAGGCAGAAUUUAUAAAUUAAAUGUGGCUUAUUAGCUCA